GCAGGCAGGCGUACCAGGCCAUCGGUGCUCGAUACAUAUAGCCAUCCAUCCAGUCGAGGCAGUUAGUUGAGAGGGUCACAUGGAACUCGCCGGGAAAUGGAGGAAAGUGAUGCCUUACCUGGCCAUGGUCUUCCUCCAGUUCGGCUUCGCCGGCCUCUUCCUCAUCUCCGUCGCCUCGCUGCGGCAGGGCAUGAGCCACUACGUCCUCGUCGUCUACCGGAAUGCCGUCGCCGCCGUCGUCAUGGCGCCCUUCGCGCUAUGGUUUGAGAGGAAAACAAGGGCCAAAAUGACCCUCUCACUGUUCGGCAAGGUCCUCGCGCUGGCGCUACUUGAGCCUGUGCUUGACCAGAACUUCUUCUACAUGGGAGCCAAUAGCACGUCGGCGAGCUUCUCGUCGGCGCUCACCAACAUAUUGCCUGCCGUAACAUUUGUAAACGCCAUACUACUCAGGAUGGAGAGAAUAAACAUCAGGGAGCGGCGGAGCCAGGCGAAGAUCGCCGGCACUCUGAUCACUGUCGGGGGAGCGUUGCUCAUGAUACUCUUCAGCGGCCCCGUGGUCAACUUCCCGUGGACGAAGCACUCCGCCGGCCACGCCAUCGCGGACAGCGCCAGCCACAGCAGCGGCCGCUGGCUCAUGGGCAUCUUCAUGAUCCUGCUGAGCUGCUUCUGCUGGUCCGCCUUCUUCAUACUCCAGUCGCACACGUUGAGGAGUUACCCGUCGGAGCUGUCCCUGACGACGUUGAUAUGCGGCAUGGGGGUGAUGCAGAGCGGUGCGGUGGCGCUGGUGAUGGAGCAUGACAUGAAGGCUUGGGCCAUCGGCUUCGACAUGAGGCUCUUCACCGCCGUCUACUCUGGGAUCAUGUGUUCUGGGGUUGCUUACUAUGUGCAAGGGAUAGUGAUCCAGGAGAGGGGCCCGGUGUUCGUCACUGCUUUCAGCCCUCUCUGCAUGAUCAUAGUCACCGUGCUAGGCUCUUUCAUUCUCUCCGAGGUGAUCACACUGGGAAGGAUUAUUGGCGCUAUGGUUAUUGUUAUCGGUGUCUACGCUCUCAUCUGGGGCAAGAGCAACGAUCAUGUGAACCAAGUCGAGCGAGACGACGACUUUGAGAAGCACAAAGCUUUUGAGCUACCGUUUACUGCGACAAGCAUUACCAAGGAAAGCAACCUCGAUCGCAUUUGACAGACACUAAAGCUGCAUGCCACUAUGCAGAGUUUCAGGACGGCUCCUUUCCUAGCACAUGUACUCUAGCUGUGUACUCUUGACUUAUUUGGGUUGAUGUAACUUUAGCUUGUCACUCAUUAUACAUAUCCACGGAGCAGUAAAUAAAAUCUGUGCGUGUUUUGUUCACA